AUGCUCUUCACCAAGUCUCUCCUCUUCGUUACGGCCAUGGUGGCCCCCACGGUUCUCGCUGCCUGCACCGGCGCACCGUUCCAGGGAACCUGCAACAACUGUGUUGUCGAGUGCCACGAUACAUACAACGGACCCGGCAGACAGGAGUCUCUUCAGCGGGCCAGCUGCCAAUUUGCGUGCCUCGCGUUCUGCGACGACUGCGACUAA